CAGCUCAGAUUAUAUCACGUCGAAUGAUUGUGAAUCAUGACUUGGAAAGGAUGUGGAAGGAAGCCAAAUUUAAGGUGCUAUCCUCGUAGUUGCCUGGAGGGACUGAGGAAUUUCAAGAUCUGAACCCGGGACCUCCCGAACACGGAGUGAUAACUACUCGAUCACGACGUUCGAAAAAGAAUACCAGACACGCACGAUGGUUAAUCUCGACUGGACGUCGAUCCUGUCGAACUGGAUCCUACUUCUCCUCGCGGCAGGAGUACUACUGUAUUUCUGGGGGACGAAUACAUACGGUCGUUUCACAAGACGAGAUAUACCACACCUCAAACCUCUUCCAUUCAUCGGAAGUAUGGGUCCAUCAGUAUUAAAGAAUGAAUCCCUCUUUGACUUGAUGUUGGGAUGGUACGAGAAAUUCAAAGGUCGCCCUUACGGUGUGGUGUUCAUGUUUCGGCAACCUGUCGUUCUCCUGACAGAUCCUGAACUUAUCAAAGCCGUCGCUAUGAAAGACUUUGACUAUUUUACAGACCACCGAACAGUAUACAUGGAAAGCAAAGAAAAAGUAUGGUCAAAGGGACUUAUUAUGCUUAAGGGUCAGCGCUGGAAGGACAUGAGGUCCAUACUGAGUCCUGCUUUCACAUCCAGUAAGAUGAAAAUAAUGUUUGUGUUGGUGUCAGACUGCUGCCAACAGUUGGUAGACUUCCUAGAGCAGUGCUACCAACAGCCACAGGAAAACAACUGCGCAAUUAAGAAAGAAGGAGAAUUGCUGAUUCUGGAAAUGAAGGACCUGUUUACAAGAUCCACCAACGACGUCAUUGCCUCCACAGCAUUUGGAAUUUGUGUGGACUCGCUGAAACACCCGAAAAAUGAAUUUUAUGUGCUGGGACAAGAAGCCACCAAUUUUGGUUCAUACAAAUGGUUUUUAUUCUUGGCAAUACCACAGGUCAUGAAGUUGCUGGGCAUUAACCUAGUACCUGGAAAGAUUACAAAUUUCUUCAGGACACUGGUAACCGAUACGAUUGCGACGCGAGAACGAGAAGGCAUCGUGAGACCAGACAUGUUACAUCUGCUUAUGCAAGCUAAGAAGGGAACUUUGCAUGAUGAGAACUCUGAAGAGAAUCACAAGGGCAACACCAAGACACAACUGGAUGAUGAAGACAUUAUUGCUCAAGCCCUCCUGUUCUUCCUGGGGGGCUUCGACACAACUUCCACGCUUAUGUCCUUCGUUUCCCACCAGCUGGCAGUCUACCCUGAGAUACAGAGUCGACUUCAAGAGGAGAUUGAUGAGACUCUACAGAAGCACGAUGGAAAAUUCACAUAUGAGGCAGUCCACAGUAUGAAGUACCUCGACAUGGUUGUGUCAGAAACUCUCAGGCUGUAUCCACCAGGCAGCGCCGUGGAACGAGUUUGCACUCGAAACUACACGCUGAAAACUGACCCUCCCCUCGAACUGCAUAUUGGCGACAACAUCUUUAUCCCCUUAUUAGCAGUUCACCGUGACCCCAAAUAUUACCCCGAUCCCGAGCGCUUCGAUCCUGAGCGCUUCAGUGAUGAAAACAAGCAUAACAUAAACGCUUCGACAUACAUGCCUUUUGGAAUAGGCCCAAGAAGCUGUAUUGGCAACCGCUUCGCUCUCAUGGAAGUCAAAACAGUGCUGGUUCACCUGCUGUCGCAGUUCAACCUGAGAGUUGUGGCCAAAACCCCAAUGCCUAUCAAGUUAACACAGAAGGGAUUCAACAUUUCUGUCGAAGGUGGUUUCUGGAUGGGCCUACAGAAGAGGAACACUUGACCUAAACAUUCUUUCAUGUUGGUAUAUGAAACAUGUUAAUUAACUGACGUCACAGGAACACCAAAAUCAUUUUGCUAUACCUCAGAAUAUUAUUCGUAUAGAAUAUUUUCAUAUUAUAUUCUUUAACUUGCAUAUCUUAUUGUAGAAAAUACAUGCCUAUAAAAUAGCAUUUUAUCAGCAUUUUAAAUAUAUUCAAGCAUGAUACACAUUUCUAACCUAGAUAUAUGUCAGUAAUCACACCUCGAUAAACACGCGUCUAUAGUAUUCUUAGAUUAUUAAUGACAGAACCAAUUUGUCUGUUUGAGCUUGUGAUAAGUAGGCGUACUUUGUACUCGGAGGUUUUACACCUUCAGGCUAUGCCAAUAAACACCAUUCAUCAUA